AUGCCUGAUAUAAUCGGAAGAAGUGUGGAAAGUGAAUAUGGUAAAAAAUGUAGGUUUUAUGAUACUUUGUGAUUCGAAAAAAUGCAUUUUUUUGCAGAUACUGUAUUAGAAUCGGUUAAUGAAGGAGUUUUUGGGAGGAUUUACAAAGUCUUCGGGAGUAAUAAUGUAAGUUCUUGGUCUUAAUUUUCAGCAGCGUUUCGUCAUAUAAAUUUCUCGAACUAAUCUCAAUUUUUCGCAGAUCGAGCCUUUGGCAAUGAAAGUCUUCUUCAAAGCACAUGAAAAUGCAAGUUGGGAUAUCGAAAUAGAAGCAUUGAGAAGUGCUCGAAGCACUGCAGAUGAAAUGUGAGUAGAAAUACUGGAAUUCAAGCGAAAUAUCGAUUUUACAGGAAUAUCGUCAAGAUAUUAGAUUAUGGUUCACUGAAACAAGACAAUUUGCCAGAUCGCCUUUCAAAUAAUUUUAUUGUUAUGCCUUUAUUAGGAAAAUCGAUUUAUCAAACACUAAAUCCAAAUGGAGAUAAUACAGUUGAGAAAAUGGCGUUCGAAAGUGAGAAUCUGCAAAUCAUAUUUUUUUCUGAAAACAAAUAAUAUUUCAGAUUCGAAUAUUGAACACAUUGGUUAUCAAGUGGCCGUUGCAAUGAUGCAUCUUCAAACGUUAAAUAUUAUGCAUUUGGACUUGAAGCCGGAAAAUGUUGUUUUUGUCAAAGUCAAUAAUCAGGUAAUGUUCGGUUUUGGCUUCAAUAAUGUCUUCAACUUUUUCUAGAUCACAGCAAAAAGAAUUGUUGAAAAUCGGACAUUAUUAUCGAUGGAAGAUACGCAGGUAAAAUUAAUCGACCUCGGCUGCUCUAGACUUUUCGAUGCACAAGAUAAACCGGAAAUCGAUAUCGACGUGCAAACACAAAAUUAUCGUGCGCCUGAAGUUUUCAUGGGAUUGGGAUUCACGAGAAAAUCGGAUGUUUGGUCGUUCGGAUGCUUGUUAUCAGAAAUGUACACUGGUGAACUGUUAUUUUUCGGUGGAGCCGAUGAAAAUUUGGAUGAGGUGCAAUUAGAAGGGAUGCAAUCAAUUUUGAGAAGAUCGAUUCCAUAUUGGAUGUUGGAAAAAGCGUAUGACGCAAGGUAAGUAUGUGAAAUUUUUUUCUAAAAGUUUGAGUGUUUUUUAGUUUUGAAUGUUUUUUUUCCAGAAGUCAAAAAGUCAUCUGGACCGAUGAUGGAUUUCGAUUCCACAAAAUGAAUACAGUUCGCAACAUUUCUGCUCCGCCAAUUUUGGUAAGAUUUUGGUAGAAAAUAUUUUUAAACAUUUGAAAUACCUUGAAAGUUUUUCAAGUCUCCCAUAAUAAUUCAAAAAACUGAAAGUUUUCAUAUUCGAUUUUUUUCAGUCCAACAUUCGACAGUUCGAUGUUCGUGGUAUUAUUUUGCACGAAUUGAUUUUGAAUUGCCUCGAAAUAGAUCCAGAAGAUCGUCCAAACUUCGCCGAAAUAAUGCGACAUGAAUUUUUCAAUCAAAGAAACGGAUUGAUAACGCUUGAUGAUUAG